GCUUUGUUGUUCUGCUGUGUAGAUCACAGUUCAGCUCUGGUGAGAUCACACAAACUGAAACACAGCUGUGUGUAACAAAUCUCCUGCUCAUUCACAGUCACCAUGGCAGAUAUUUUUCUGAAGAAAUACAUGAGUGAAUUUAUACAAAAGAUAAGAAAUCCAAUGGGAUUGGCUGAUGAUCUGUAUGCCAAGAACUUUAUUCAAAAGGAAAUGUAUCAAAACAUCAAAACCCAGGAAACCAACCUAAGAAAAACUCGUGAAAUUUAUGAGAGUCUCAAUAGCACAAAGCACUAUGACUUCAUGUGUGAUUGGUUGAAGGAGAAUGAGUCAGAUGUGUUUGAAGAACUGGAACUUUUACACAGAAAGAGAGACACUGAGGCUGAAGCACCACAGAGUCCCCCUUGUGCCGCCAAAACAGCUCUGACCCGUCGAGGCAUGGACUCCACAAGACCUUUGAAGGUGCGCUGUGGUAUCUGGCACCAAGACUUUAGCACCAGAUCCUUUAAGUCCUGUAAGUUUCGAGGGCCUCAUGGAUCUGACUUGUUUGUUCAGCAUAUCCCACAGAUGCUCGAUCACCUUGAGAUCUGGGGAAUUUGGAGGCCAAGUCUUGAACUCUUUGUGCUGUUCCUCAAACCAUUCCUGAACAAUUUUUGCAGUGUGGCAGGGCACAUUAUCCUGCUGAAAGAGGCUACUGCCUUUAGGGAACACCGUUGCCAUGAAGGGGUGUACUUGGUUUGCAACAAUGUUUAGGUAGGUGGUAUGUGUCAACGUAACAUCCACAUGAAUGCCAGGACCCAAUGUUUCCCAGCAGAACAUUGCCCAGAGCAUCACACUGCCUCCGCCGGCUUGCCUUCUUCCCACAGUGCAUCCUGGUGCCAUCUCUUCCCCAGAAAAAAAAGCCAGACUCGAGAAUGAGGAUGAAACAGAUUUUACAAUAUUUCCUGAUCUUAAGAGGAUAUCAACAUUCGCCAAACUGGAGAGAUGGGUGUCUGAACCAGAAAUCAGCCAAAAGCUGAUUAGUGACUUGGAGAGACAACUUGGCGAUAAAGGCAUGGCAGAUUUGAAAAAAAAAUUAAAGGACAAAGAACCCAAAAAUAUUUUAUGCUUCAAUGCUAACAAUAUUGAUAACAUCAGGAAAAAUAAGGAACUUGACAAGUUUCUCAGCAAAACAAAUAACACAGAAAUUCCUAAACUGACAUUUAGCAUGUUUUUUAAGAAAGGUGGUUCUGUGUCAUCAGGAAAUAAUGCUCAAAGCUCAGACAUGCAGGAAACACGCAUUCAUGAGAUGAAAGAGCAACCUCAAAGAUUCAAUGUUCCAAAUGUCCCAAGACAUAUAGAUGUAUCGCUGUCCCAAUACGACCCAUUCACCAAAAAAAAACCACUAGAAGAUGAUCUUGGAAGUACAGACAUGAAGGAACCAUGGACUGAUAAGAUAGAUGAGCAACUUAAAAGAUCAAAUGUUCCAAUGCAUGAAGAUGAAUCUCUGCACCAAAAGGAGCAAAUCACCAAAAAAGAAACACCACUAGAAGAUAGACUUGGAAGCACGGACAUGCAGGACGCAAACAUUGAUGAGAUAGAUGAGGAGUCUCAAAGAUCAAAUGUUCCAAUGCAUAUUGCAUCUCUGCACCAAGAUGAGUCAAUCAUCAAAAACAAAAUGCCACUAGAAGACAGAUGUGGAAACAUGAACAUGCAGCACAAUGAGCAAGCAAAUAUGCAGGUUAAUCCUGAGCCUUUUUCUUCGAAGCAGCUGCAGGACAACAGUCCAGGCUCAGCAUCAAAGUAUAGCUACUCUACCAGUUUAGAGUAUUUGCCACAAAACAAUAAAAGAUUACCAGAGGAGGAAGUCCUGGCUGUGUUCAGUGACACUGGAGACAAGGAUAUUAUGAUUCAUGAGAAUAAAGACAAUGAGAAUGAGUCCAAAACCACUGAACAGCCCUGUGGUGGAUCAUUCCUCCAAAUGCACCAUGAGGUCAAAGCUGAUGCACCAUCACAGGAACCUACAGACAUGCAGGGUACACACAUUGAUGAAAAGGAAGAACAAUCUCAAAGAUCAAAUGUUCCAAUGUAUGAAGAUUUAUCUCUGUACCAAAAUGACCCAUUCACCAAAAAAGAAACACCACUAGAAAACAGAUGUGGAAGCACGGACAUGCAGGAAACACGCAUUCAUGAGAUGAAAGAGCAACCUCAAAGAUUCAAUGUUCCAAAUGUCCCAAGACAUAUAGAUGUAUCGCUGUCCCAAUACGACCCACUCAUCAAAAAAGAACCACUAGAAGAUGGACUUGGAAGUACAGACAUGAAGGAACCAUGGACUGAUAAGAUAGAUGAGCAACUUAUAAGAUCAAAUGUUCCAAUGCAUGAAGAGGAAUCUCGGUACCAAAAGGAUCAAAUCACCAAAAAAGAAACACCACUAGAAGAUAGACUUGGAAGCACGGACAUGCAGGACACAAACAUUGAUGAGAUAGAUGAGGAGUCUCAAAGAUCAAAUGUUCCAAUGCAUAUUGCAUCUCUGCACCAAGAUGAGUCAAUCAUCAAAAACAAAAUGCCACUAGAAGACAGAUGUGGAAACAUGAACAUGCAGCACAAUGAGCAAACAAAUAUGCAGGUUAAUCCUGAGCCUUUUUCUUCGAAGCAGCUGCAGGACAACAGUCCAGGCUCAGCAUCAAAGUAUAGCUACUCUACCAGUUUAGAGUAUUUGCCACAAAACAAUAAAAGAUUACCAGAGGAGGAAGUCCUGGCUGUGUUCAGUGACACUGGAGACAAGGAUAUUAUGAUUCAUGAGAAUAAAGACAAUGAGAAUGAGUCCAAAACCACUGAACAGCCCUGUGGUGGAUCAUUCCUCCAAAUGCACCAUGAGGUCAAAGCUGAUGCACCAUCACAGGAACCUACAGACAUGCAGGGUACACACAUUGAUGAAAAGGAAGAACAAUCUCAAAGAUCAAAUGUUCCAAUGUAUGAAGAUUUAUCUCUGUACCAAAAUGACCCAUUCACCAAAAAAGAAACACCACUAGAAAACAGAUGUGGAAGCACGGACAUGCAGGAAACACGCAUUCAUGAGAUGAAAGAGCAACCUCAAAGAUUCAAUGUUCCAAAUGUCCCAAGACAUAUAGAUGUAUCGCUGUCCCAAUACAACCCACUCAUCAAAAAAGAACCACUAGAAGAUGGACUUGGAAGUACAGACAUGAAGGAACCAUGGACUGAUAAGAUAGAUGAGCAACUUAAAAGAUCAAAUGUUCCAAUGCAUAAAGAGGAAUCUCGGUACCAAAAGGAUCAAAUCACCAAAAAAGAAACACCACUAGAAGAUGGACUUGGAAGCACAGACAUGCAGAAUACACACAAUGAUAAGAUAGAUGAGGAACAUCAAAAAUCAAAUGUUCCAAUGCAUGCUGCAUGUCUGCACCAAGAUGAGUCAAUCAUCAAAAACAAAAUGCCACUAGAAGACAGAUGUGGAAACAUGAACAUGCAGCACAAUGAGCAAGCAAAUAUGCAGGUUAAUCCUGAGCCUUUUUCUUCGAAGCAGCUGCAGGACAACAGUCCAGGCUCAGCAUCAAAGUAUACACAAAGCAAUAGCACAGAGUUCUUGGCUCAGUAUAAAAACACAGCCAUACUAGCUCCAAACAGAGAUGUGAAAGAUCAGACUGAAGCUACAAAAAAGAGGGAAAAGUCAAAAUGCCAGAAGGAAAAGAAGAAAAAAUCAAAGGAUGACCUGCUUCUUGACUGGGCAAUGAGACAAUGUAAUGACCGUAAAGAAGAGUUAAAGAACAUAUUGGACCAGAUCUCAAUUAUAAACAUGGCAGAACACAGCGAUUAUCCAUGCUUUACUGCUGAAAAUGUCAUGGUGUACAAGUACUUAACUCCUGAGAGCCAAAUUAUCUUUAUUGCCGAUGACAGUUCCUCCAUCAGCACUAUGACCAUGGUCCAUUAUCACAUGUUUGUGUGUAACAUUAAGAAAGCAAUACUCUUAGGUCCUAAAAAACAAGAUGAACAGGAGAUUCAAUAUAUUGAAUCUAAAGUGCCUGUAGAUACGUGUACAGGCUUUAUUUUCAAAGCGUUCGCUCCUGCUCUUACAGUUUACAAAAAGAUUCAGAAAGAAGAAAAGUUGUAUUCUCUCAUCUGAGUGCAGUGAAAAAUCCCAAAACCUGUAACCGCUCAUGUCAACAAAUAUAUACAUAUAUAUAUAAAUAUUGUCAAACUAGCGGGCUGUAAAUUCAGCUACUGACAAAAUAUUAAUGUGACACGGUAACCAUGUGUCUUUCCAAAAGAACUAAUUUAGGGAUUUCACAGCAAGACUACUUAUACUCACAACAGAAUGCUUAUGCAAUCACACCUUUUAUAUUUUUAUUUGUAAAUAAUUUGGCAAACUUUAUUGGUUUUUUCCCACUUGAAUAUUAUUGUUAUUUUGUGUCGAUUCAUGACCUAAAAUCCCAGUUAGGUCCAUUUCAGUUUUGUAUCACUGCAAAAUGUGGAAAAGUUCAAGGGGGUGAACAAGUAGGGUCUGUGGGAUUAUUUUCCCCGUGUCAAGGUAAACAGGAUGUGUUGGUGGUGGUUGAUAAGUUUUCACAUUGGGUUUGAAGCCUUUCCAACCAAAACAGGGAUAGCCAUUCAUUCAGACCAGUGCAUUCAUUCAGACCACAGAAUUCACUUUUCUGCCCAAGUCAUGCAGGAAGUCAUGAAAAUGUUGAAUGUUCAAUGGACGUUUCACUGCCCAUAUAGGCCUCAGGCUUCUGGACAGGUCGAGUGUCAAAAUCAGACUUUGAAACAGCGAUUGUUAUAGUUACACCAGAGUGGGGUGUUGUGGGUGGAUGCGUUGCCAGCUGUUUUGUGCAGUAUUUGAUCCACAUCUAUGAGAGGGGUCUCAGCCCAUACGGGAUCAUUAUGGGUCGACCAAUGGCCCUACCGGGGACAAUCGAUCUAAGACAAGCAAAUGUGCAUCUUACCUCUAAUGCGCUAAUGAAGUAUUGUGAAGAGCUCACUGAAGCUGUUAGUGCUGCGCAACAGCAUGUCCAGGAGGCAUGGACCUCCCCUAAAAACGUGCUAUUGUGGGGACAUGCUAUUGUGCCAGGACAGUUGGUAAUGAUCAAAAACCACACAGCUGGUUAGAGGCAAAAUGGAAAGGCCCUUUCCAAGUUCUCUUAGUAACUGUUUCGGCAGUGUUGUGUCAGGGAAGUAAGACAUGGAUACAUGCCUCACACUGUAAAGUGGUGCUACCACCUAAAUAGGGACAGUUUGGGUGGCUCUGAGAGGAGAGCUUUGAGAGGAUCCGAUGGCAUUUAGGCCGCGGGGGUUAAACUCAAAGUGAAGAUUCCCUUUUCCCCAAAAUGCGAUUAGCGCUCCCUACUCCUCUCAGUGGACAGGACCCAAGUUAGGCAGGGAGAGACAGUAACCCCUUAUAGUGGUAAUUUAUGCAACAUUUGAGCCUACAAUAUCUGGUUAAAUUCCAGUCUAUAUGUGUGUUUUCAAUAAAAGAUUUGGAGAGAAAACAAAUCUUUUUGAAGUUCUGGAAAAAAGGAAAAGAUGCUUCUGUGUCUGCUGUAAGAUACUGCUGUCGUGUGUGUGUGUGUGUGUGUGUGUGUGUGUUUUUUUUGCAGGAAAAACCAGGUGAGGCGUAUAUGAAGUUGGUGCAGGUGCUACGAGAAAACCAAAAGUCUUCUACUGCAUCCAUCGGUUUCCACUCACUCCUAACUGGCCCCAGGACACACUUCAACCCUGUCCACGCUGUGCUGAAGCAAGACCCAUCCGUCUUUGCCAUCAUCACCGCACAAAAGACUGAUUCUAUAGAUUAAUUAAUCAGGCAGUAUCACUGGAUACAAUUUAGACACAGUCACUGGUUUCAUGUUAUAUAACAUUACAUAUGCGGCCACUGCACCUCAGGGUUAUUUGAUUAGGUAUAUCAAGAAGCCUAGUUGUCCUAUUGUGCAUAGUGUAUAGAUCUAGAUGAGAUGCAUGGCCAUGUUAAGUGUGUCGAUCAGUUGACAGUGACUGGUUAGGUGCCUGGCUACGUUCCUGGUGGCAAAUGGUGAAAUUCGACUGUUUCAUGGUUUUCUUUGUCAUCCUCCUGUUAGCUUGUGUUAUGAUUCACUGUUGCUUCAUGUGUAAUUCUAAGAGCAUGAAACAGGCUCAGGUAGCAGAAACUACGGUUAUGUUGACUCUUACUUUUAGGCCUGAUGCCUACAUCUAAUAUGACAUUAUUUUUCUAUGCUUGGUAGAAAGGUAAGUCCUUGGAAUCAACUCCAGAUCUUUGAUCUCCUUAAUUUGUCAUGAAAUAAUGAGGAAACAGGCCACACAUGGCCAUGAAAUUGCUUAUCAGUCAACCGUCCAAUUACUUUUGAGAUCGAUCUAAGACAACCCCUUGAAUAAUCAAAAAAAAAUCUGUGAAAAUGGAGAGACUCUGUAAAAAAUGGCUGUAAUUCCUUUAACAGUUAAUGCAAUAUUUUGGUUAAACCCCUCGAAUUAAAGCUGAAAGUCUCCACUUCAAUCACAUCUUGAUUGCUUCAUUUCAAAUCCAUUGUGGAUUAUGAAAACUCUGUCACUGUCUAAAUACUUAUGGACCCUGCUGUAUUGUAUAAAUAAAAGUAAGGUACUGUAUUAAUACAAUUUUACUUAUCAUUUUUGUUAUUGCAUGCAGUAGCUUUCAAAUAAACGCUGAUA